AUGGCCUACUUCGGCAACUAUGGUCUACAAGACAACCAGUACUACCCGCCAAGCAAGAAUCUACCCGACGGCGGCCAGGAAUACUUUGUCAACAAGAAUGUUUGGGUAGAAGUGUUUUACGCUGGUUCCGUGGAUAUCAAUCGGCGGCCGCUGGACCCAAUCCAAGCGACUGGAAUGGGUACAUCGCGGAUAGGAGGACUUCCAAAUAAUAAGUACUGCGAAAUUUGCAACCUCUACCCGGUCGCGAAGCCCGGAUCGGCGACUGAGAAGGGAUCCGAGAAGGAGUGCCACUACACUGACCCAAGGGAAUCUACGAUCGUUCUGUGCAACUCACUCACAGAUGUCAAGAAAGAGCUCGGAGAUUUGUGGCCGGAUGCGGUGGACACCGUCUGUCAUUUGGUCAACCAGACGUGUGAGAUGAUGGAGAACGAUUUCGGUGUGGCUGAUGCGCAACAACGCUCUGCAGAACGAAUGGACAACGCCAUGGCGGUGCUACAGCGCGAGAUUGAGAAAUGUCAGGAUGUUGAAAUCCUUGCAUUUGCUGAAGAUCUUCGACAAGUUGUUAGUAGCUUCAAGAUGCAGCGAAAGGUGGUGAUGGAUCUUCUCAACAAAAAGAGCCAAGAGAUUGACGUGACGACCGACAUUUCACAACGAAAAAUAGCGGCCGCGACGCGAAAGAGA